UAGACCGUUUUCCCAUUUUUCUAGAUCCGGAAUUAUUUUUGAGCCCAAUUCCAUUGCAAGAUGAGUGAGGAGGAAGCACCAGGUGCGGGAGGUGAGGACUCGCCGGUUGCUGGACCGGUUGAAGAGGUGGCAGCCCCAGUGCCCGAUACGACCACUGCAGAACCCGUCGAUACAACGACUUCUGGAGCCCGGAUGAUGAUGCACCACCCGUGGUUGGCAGCCGCCGCCGUUGCCGUCUAUGCCACCAAGGUCAUGUGGGUCAAGCUUCGCGAACUCGGCUUGGCCAAACAGAAAAAGAAGAUCAAAAAUAAGCAAAACAAUAAGUUGAUACCCAUUCAGGAUGACGAAGAAAACAGUGUGGAGUCUGAGGAAGAGUCUGAUGCAGAAGUCGAGUUUGAUGGAGAAAUGGUUGAAGCCGAUCUUUCUUUGAAACCACCUCCAAAGUGCGUUACUAAUGCUUGCGAUUCAAGUUGCAAUGGAUCGUAGAGCAACUUUGAUAGUUAACUAGAAACGAAGUCCAAAUUGUGGUAUACAAUUACAGUAUCUAAAUUAUGUUUAAUACUGCGUUUGCGAGAUUCAAGCCCAUAUCCAAAUUCCUGUGACACAUUUCGAUCCCUUAAUUGGUUAAUUAACUUACCUCCUGUGAGUAAUAAAGUAUAAAGCAAUUGAAA